AACAUCUGUAUUAGAAUUCCAUCUCACGAAUCUCUCAGAGGAUCUGGAUCUCCAGCCCAUUCUCUUUUUGCUCUUCCUCUCCAUGUACCUGGUCACUGUACUUGGGAACCUGCUCAUCAUCCUGGCUGUCAGUUUUGAGUCCCAACUCCACACCCCCAUGUACUUCUUCCUCGCCAAUUUGUCUUUAACUGACAUCUGUUUCAUCUCCACCACUGUUCCAAAGAUAAUUGUGGAUAUUUUAACACACAAGAGUGUCAUUUCCUUUGUUGGCUGCCUGACACAAAUGUCUCUGCUGAUUCUUUUUGCAUGUAUGGAUUACAUGCUUCUGACCGUGAUGGCCUAUGACAGGUUUGUGGCUAUCUGCCAACCCCUGCAGUAUUAUUUUAUUUUGAACUUUAGCCUCUGUGUCUUCUUUGUUUUCAUAUCUUUUUUAUUUAGCGUUAUGGACUCACAAUUGCAUAAUCUAAUUGUCUUAAAAUUCACUUACUUCCAGGAUGUUUCAAUUUCCAGCUUCUGCUGUGAACCUACUCAAAUUCUUAAGCUGGAUUGUACUGAAAACUUUACCAAAAGCAUCAUUACUUAUUUUGCUGGUGCCAUAAUUGGUUUUUUACCCAUUUCAGUAAUAUUAUUCUCUUAUUAUAAAAUCAUUUUCUCUAUUCUCAGAAUCCCAUCAUCACGUGGGAAGUAUAAAGCUUUCUCCACCUGCGGGUCUCACCUGUCAGUUGUUUGUUUAUUUUGUGGAACAAGCAUUGGGAUGUACCUUGAAUCUACUCUAGCACAUUCUUCUGAAAAGAGUGUGGUGUCUUCUAUAAUGUACACUAUUGUGACUCCUGUGCUGAAUCCCUUCAUCUACAGCCUGAGGAAUAGGACGUUAAACAUGCCCUAA